CAUUUUUAACAGCAGCCAUUGCCUCGCUUUCUCUUCUUCUCCUUUUCAGUUUAGUUUUAUCGCUGUGAGUGGGAGAGGUAGAGGGCAGGUCAGUGUUCCACACCUCCUGUACCGCGCUGGGUCCCGCUGCUCUCUGGAGGCACACCCUUACUUGGAUUAUUUUUCUUUCAUUGCAGUUGUCUCGGUUUCCCCCUGUGUUUUUAAGUCAUUCAGAUCUGUCACUUGUUCCUGUUAACAUGGAGUCUGACACAUAAGCCCUGUGUCUUUGAGGCAGGUGUAGAUGCUCCAGACGCAGCAGGCCCCAGGAAGAGGCUGCCUCCAUCCAUCUGUGCGGCUCUUCUCUGAUUCCUGGGUCUCUCAGUCUCACUUUGCACCACACCUUAACAGGGACCACAGAGAAAAGAAACAGGAGUGAGGAGGCCACUGGAGAUUCUCAAGAAGGGAAGCCAUUUUGUUUUGACCCUCAGUAUCACUGACCUUUCAACCUUUGGUUCAAUCUGGUGGUUUCCUUGUGAUUGGACACUCCCUAGAGGGGUAGGAAAUCACCCUCCCCGUCUGUCCGUCUGCGUCCUACCUUCGGACCUCCAUCACUAUGGCGACCUCGGUGCAGCCCAACGAGUUGGUGUUUGAGUUCGCUAGCAAUGGGAUGGAUGAGAUAAACCAGUAUGGAGAGAUGGAGAGAAGGAGUGGAGUAUGAAGGGAUGGCAAGGAGAGGGCUGGGAUAUGGAGUGUGGGCUGUUGGGAGGACAGAGUCGGAAAGUGUGAGAGACCUGGAGUUGUGACUCUUUUAGUGUUCGUGGGAGGAGAGGGUGGGUCUUUGCCAGGACCCAGUCAAUUUACAGCACAAAAUCUGGAUGAUCCGUCCGUGUUCCCAGCAGUCAUCGUGGAACAGGUGCCCGCUGCUGACCUCAUGCAGGUCUACUCGGGCAUGGAGUCGGACGAGGUGACCAACGGCAUUAUGGUGGACAACACUGUACAUGUGAUGGAGGAGCCCAUUAUGGUCGGAGACGUGGGCCUUUCAGUAGAAAGGACGGUAUCGGGUACAGAGGAUAACAUGGAGACCAAUGAGGCUGCGGCAGCCCUUCUUAACAUGGAGUCUCCAAACAACAUUCUGGAUGAGAAACGCAUGAUUCAUACGUACGGGACCAUGUUGGAGUCUGACUACACCUACAUCCACCUGCGGCCGGAGCCCAACGGCUGCAUGGAUGUAUCGCUGGACGAUGAAACAUCCUCCAUGGACGAGAUCCCUCAGAAGAGCGUGUCCAAACCACAGAGGAAAACCAAAAUGCGCAAGCCUCGGCCGGUGCGCCCCUGCUCCCCCAUUACCACUCCCAACCUACCACUCAAGAAGAAGAGCAAGGAGGGCAAAGGGAACACCAUCUACCUAUGGGAGUUUCUCCUGGCCCUGUUGCAGGACAAGAACACCUGUCCCAAGUACAUCAAGUGGACACAGAGGGAGAAAGGCAUCUUUAAGCUGGUGGACUCCAAGGCCGUGUCGAAACUGUGGGGCAAACACAAGAACAAACCUGACAUGAACUAUGAAACCAUGGGCAGGGCACUCAGGUAUUACUACCAGCGUGGUAUCCUGGCUAAGGUGGAGGGUCAGCGGCUGGUCUACCAGUUUAAAGACAUGCCUCCCGACCUAGUGGUGAUUGACGACGAGGACCCAUGCCCAGACCUCACCUCUGGCUACGGGGGCCAGCGCCCCAGCCACCACGGCCGGGGAGGCUCCAGAGGGGGGCAGGGUAAAAUCCAUGCCCAUGGGCACCGUCCUAUAUCGGUAAAACAAGUGAAGAGAGAGCCCAUUGAUAUGGAUGGAGGGCUGUACCAUGAGGUCAAUGGUAAACAGGCAGAACACAUGAUCCAGACGGUCCACGUGCUGCAGCCCAACCAGAGGGCGGCUGUGCCGGCCUCCACACACACUUUGAGGACCAUCAACAUGCCGAACUCCGUCCCCAUGGUCCUGACGUCUUCUGGCCAGCUGCAGCCCCUCCUGUCCAACGGUGACUCGUCCAGCCACUCCUCCCAGCCCAGGGUCAUCCUCCAAACCGUCCCUUCUACCACGGCGGGGGGCAAGGAUGUCCUCACCAUCCAGACGGCCUCCCUGGCCACCGGGAUGGGCAGCCUCCAGGAUCACCAUCAGCACCCCCAGUUCCUUGUCACCAGCCUGGGCUCCACUACCACCACAGGGGUCCUCAGCUCCACCACUGCCUCCCUCAACGGCCUUCCCCGCAUGGUCACUCUCAACACAGCCACCGGUCAGACCAUGGUGGCCCAGCAGCCGGGGACCGUCAUUGCUACGGUCCUCAAGUCCUCCAGCGGUGGCGAGCUCCUCCAUGGCCUGCAUGGCAUCAAGGAGGAGAUGCUGGACCCCUACUACCUGCAGUCAUUGGUUAAUGGAGACCCGUCGUUUGGCAAGGAGGAGAUGGAGGCAGGGGAAGCAGAGCUCACCUACAGGACUGUGAUCAUCGGGAAGAACCAAAGCCUUGGACCGAACCAGGGGGAGACUGGAAGGGAGUCUCCAGUGAACGGAUACUUUUCCCAGGGAAGCAGCCCCAGUGAGGGCCUGACCCCCGUGGAGGAGCUAGAGGUGCGCGGGGAGAUGGCCCUGCAACCGGAGCACAUGGUGGGGGUCAAGGGGCUCCAGGAGCUGCCAGAGAUCACUGUCCACCUCCCAGCCUCCUUCAUCCAGAUCAAGGCAGAACCCACAGAGGUCUAGUAGACCACAAGCUGACCUUUAUUGUCAUGAGUCUUGUCCUGGAGGCAGAACUGAGUGAUUUCCACUAGAUGGUCCAGCUGAAAAGUCCAAAAUUGUCUCUAUCGUAAAAAUUAAGGAAGACAAAAGUGAGCUUUUUGAUCUUAAUUUAGGGUUAGGCAUUAGGAUUAGCAGUGUGGUUAAGAUUAGUUUUUUUAUUUUACCUUUAUUUGAACAGGGAGUCUCCAUUGAGACCAGGGUUUCUUUCACAAGGGUGCCAUGCACAUACUAUUCAUAAGACAAAAUCGAAUUGAAAUCAGAUACAAUGUAAAACAAACUAAAAUACAGCACAACACAAAUAUUCUUACAUUCCUUAGUAGGAAGUUCCCCAAUUAGUAUUUGCAAUUGCUCAAGCGGCAGUACAACAUCCAAUUGUAAUGUAUUGUAAAAUUGGUUCCAGCAAUGAGGUGUAUUAAAACUAAAAGAGGAUUUACUUAGUUCUGUGGAGACCACAAGGAACCUCAAGAGUUUGGUAUCUCCUGAUUUUAUACUUUAUAUCAUGUUUUAUACUUUAACAACGAAGUGAGUUAAGUUGGAAGCUUGUGUAGUAGAGCUUUGUAAACAAUAAGGGAGUAAUGAAGUGAUAUAUGGGAUGUUAAUGAGGACCAGCCAACCUUUUGAUACAGGAUGCAGUGAUGAGUAAUAAAACUGUCACCUAUGGCAUUCACAGGUUUAAGAGUAGUGGCUGCGGCAAUCUGGUAAAUGGUGUCACCAUAGUCAAGAACUGGUAGGACAGUUGACUGUACAAUCUGCUUCCUGCUAUUUAGGGAUAGGCAAGAUCGAGUUAGAAAAAGAGGCCCACUUUAAACCACUUUUUUAAACUAUCUCAUUCUUAUGUUUUUGUCAAUCCAAAUGUCCAGAUAUUUAUUGUCGGGAUUCCGAUCGAUGGGAGAACCAUCCAAUGGAUAACUGUAGUCCAUCAGGUUAAGGUUAGGUUUCAAAUCUGAUUUUACGACUUUGUGGCUGUUCCAGCUAGUGCCCACUCUGCAGAGCUGCCUCCAGGGCAAGAUUCAUGACAAUAAAUGCCAACCUGCUAAUAGGCCUGGACUCUCCAUCAAAGUUGGACUAUGAAAUCAACAUAAAGAAAGACUACCCAAAGGGCAAUUCCACCACUUUUCAACCUCAUUUUCAUUGUCUCCAGUAAAAUACCAUUGUCUACAUAUGUGAAAAUGGCGCAUUUGUACGUUUUGUCGAAACAUAUAAAAAGUUCUACCCAACAUCAUCAAAAGAUGAUCAUAGAAACACGCUGUUUUCACAUAUGUAGACACUGGUAUGGUGCUGGAGAUAAUGAAUAUGAGGGUGAAAAGUGGUGCAAUUGCUUUUUAACAAAGUUUCCUUGUUCUUAUCCCGUUGAUAAUCUUAUUUUGAAAAGCGACGGAUUUUUAAAUGUGGAGCGACAAACAAACGUUGGCCCCUUGCAGGAUGUUUUACUCACUGUUGAUCCCGUGCCCAAAUUUCAACAUCAAGGGAUUGUUUUGUGAUGUGUUGUUGAAGGCUCCAUAGUUCGAAAGGCCCUCACUUGGAUCAAUCUACCUACCUACCUACCUUGCUACUGUCAGUAGACCCGCCCCCUUCCCAAACCUGUCCCCACCAGGAGAACAGCCAUUGGAUAACCAGGGAUCUACCCCACCACAUGUGCCAGUUAGAUUAGUAAAUGUUCUACCUACCAGUACAUCUCAUCAGACUUGUGUCAAUGGUAACAGACAAAAACAGCAAACCAAAAACAGGAGAUGGGAACUCAUGUGGGAGAAUGCAAUGAAAUCAGACUUGAUGAGCAGAAAAUGUGUCAUUUCUACAUGCCGUCUCCACUUGAAUGACGGAAACGCACCUUUACUGACCUUUAAUGGAAGAGUGCCUUAUACGUAAAGGUAAAACAGUUCAAACUCUUGACUGGAAAAGUCUGAGGGGGGGAAAAAAUGACGGUUCAGAUUGUUUUGACUCAAACGUUUGUGACUUAUCCGGAGUUUCCUCCAUAUCCCCCCAUAUUAUAAGUUGUCGAUAAGGUGUGCUUUCCCCUCCAUUACUCAUCGCCUUACAGCAAUGUGUUACUAUGGAAAUGGGCAUUUCCUGUCCCCUUGGACAGUCCAAUCACAAACCUGUUUGUAUAUAGCUGCAGACUUGAUGCAGGGAGAGAGAGAGAGAGAGAGAGAGAGAGCGAGAGAAAAUACGGAGGAAAAAUAAAAUAGAUUUUACCAGCCUCCUAUCUUCCCAUUAAGGCCUUUAAUCCUGUUUAUAUGAAAUGGAAUAUAUAUAAAUAUAUAUAAAGUAAUAAUAUACUAUUGAGAUUCAAUUUAAGGCCACAAAUGUAUUUAUUUUGUGAAUUUCUAAAUUCUGUAUAAAAAGGCACAUUUGUUUGUUAUUUACAUAUGGAAAACACGAGGGAUAAUAUACAAAGUAUAUGAAAUCAAAUAACAGGAAGCUCAUAUGUCGGUGAAUUUGUUUUCUAAAAAGCUGAUAUGUUUUUUUUAAGCAUUCCUUAUAAUCAGCGCAGCAUUGAUGAUGAUACUUUCUCUGUUUUGGACUCAAAGUGGUUUGCCCCGACGCAAAUGAUGGUCUCUAUAAACAUCUCUGUCCUGUGUCAUUUAAACAUUGUGUUGUAUGUGCUUUGGUUCUUCUUCCCUUUGUACAGCGGACAGACCUCUAGCCUUAUUCAACAGUCAAGCAGUAGAGAUCAGUUGGAUAGAUUCACACACCCCUGUCCAGUUAAUUUGGUAAUUUGUUCUCAAUCAGGUCCUCUGUGACCUCUCCUAACCCAGUUAUUUUGUGAUGCAAAUUGUGUCUCAACACUGGUGUUUUCCUCCCUACUUCUAUGCAUUUACAAUUCUGGUGCUGCUCUCCUAGCUCUUGGUCUUUGGUCAGACUGGUGUCUGUGCUCUUUUUAUUGGGUGUCCCAGUUUUGUUAAGGACCUGAGACGUCAGGGUCUCUGAAUGGCUAUGAUAGCCUGCAGAUGCUAGUGUAAGUAAACCAAUAUUUAUCUUGAGCGCUAUCAUGGCUAAAUUACUAAAUUACUUUACUUUAUUUUUUCCACUUGAGCUGGAGUGAGCAACAGACCGUCAGAACUCUAGCUCAGCAUCUGAGGACAAGCUUUAAUGCUAAUUUCAGGGGAAAUGAAGAGUCUGUGACGUGACUUCCGCUUUUGGACAUUAACACGGUGACACUCCAUCUUAACUCCUCCACAUUUACGGAUUUGUUUCAACAGUGCAGAAGAGAACCUCCCAUCAUUUUUUCCCUUCUCAACAGGUCCAGAAAGAAACGUCGCUCAGGCAUUUAUUUUACGCCUGCUUCAUUAGGUUAUGCUACUUUAGGUUAUGCUACUUUUUAGAACUUGUGCCCAGGCAUCAGUCUUAUGUCAACCAAAGGGCUCUCUGUGUUGACAAUCUGAAUGUUGUACAGUACAAAGUUAUGAAAAGUUGUGACAAUCAAUGCUCUCUAGGGUUACAAAAAGUACCAAAACAGUCUUUGGUGUUGAUAAUUGACUGCAAUGAACUCUGUGGGUGGGGUUGACUGGAUUUUCCUGCUUACAGACGCUUAUGUUGUAUAUACAGGUAUUUUCCUUUUUAAGCACUGUUGUAUGUGAGAUGUUGGCGUCUGUCCGCGAUGUCUGUCCGAUCAUUACAUUUUCCUUUGUCUUGGGUUUUCUGUGGUUUCCUCCUAUGCUGAAACUAGAUUAGAUUUUUUUUAAGAAAGAAUAUUCAGGCCCAGUGCAGUCAAAGCGUUAUUUUCCUGUGUUUUAUAUAUAUUUCCACACUAUGUGGUUGGAAUAAUACUGUGAAAUUUUGAAAAUGAUGAUAAUGCCCUUUUAGUGUAAGAGGUGUUUGAAAAGACCACCUGAAAUUUCUGCCUGUUUUGGUGGGAUAGAGUUUCGGCCUGCCUGAUAACAUCACCAGACAGUAAAUUAGUUAAUAGACCAAUAAGCAAGAGUUCCAAUCCUCUCUGCCAAUAACAGCUAGUUUUCAGUUUUCCCCUCCCCACCCAGGACACUCCCA